CCGGGUGGAGCUUUUAAGUUCUCACUUCCGUUUGUCAUGUCUUCAGUUCUCUGUAUGUGAGUCAAGUCACACAGGGAGCAUCAAGAGCUCGGGAGUUAUUUCUGCUGUCCGCUGAAGUAUCUAUCGAUAGUAUGGUGCUCAAGAACAUGUUCUCGUCCUCGAGCAAUGCUACGUUUUGAACCUGCAGAAGUUGAACUCUGAUACUGAAGUCAUGCGCCGGAGCGGUGUUGUGUGAGCAGCUUUGUUCCCUUGACCUCGAGCUCACUCGUAAAUGGGUGCAUGAGCUCGAGGUUCAGUUAUCUCUGCUUCAUCUUCCUCGAUUGCUACUACUGCUGCUGCUGCAGCUACUGCCGCAACCGAACAAGCACACGCUCUUCUUUCAGGCGGGAAGCUCAUCUGUAACAAUGGCUCUGUCGGAAGUGGCAGCCAUGGGGACGUCAAUCAUAGCGGCGGCUCAGAGUGUCAAGACUCACGGAGAGAAUUGGUACAAGAUGUCGUCGGCGUGGGAGAAGUUUCCGGGCCAGGUGACGGAUCUGCGUCAAAAGCACGCGAGCCUGGUGUCCAUACUGACCAGAUCUGGGAUGGUGUUCGAAAAUGCCGAUACCACCUUGCUGGACCAGAUGAGUGUGCUGAGCCAACAGCUGGACAUGGAGGAGAACAGGUUGGAUCGCAUGUCCGGUGGCUGUCUGUCCUGUUGCUUUCCACGGCUCACAGGGUUCCCGAAUAAGAUCGGCAACGGCAUGCAAAAUGUGAUCGAUGGAUUCGACAAAAUCCUCCAACGAUUCGAUCAUUUGAGGAGUCUGUCCAUUAGAAUCAUGUCCAUGAGAAGAUCUAACUUCGACGAUCCUCAUGCCAAGCAGUAGGUCCUGCCUAAAGACCGCACAUGAGAGCUAGCUCUUCACUGACGUAGUGGUCCUUCCAUAAUCUCAGCCAACCAACAACUCCAACAACAACAACUACAACAACAAGUGCUCGAGUCGCUGGAGCACGCCCAUCAAACAACACGUGCUCAUGAUAUAUUUUUGAUCAGAAAGCUCCUACUCAGAUCUGGAUCCUACCUUCCGGGUCUCCUAUUGUAGAUUACUAUUCUACAGACUUGCAGUGUGCUAAAGCAGCUCUUACUCUGCAUUUCUGAUCUAGCCGUUUGUAGUCCAUUCUCGUGCAGGCAUUGUGGCGUGCCUGCUGAACCUGAAGAGCUUCGGUAAUGUAAUGGAUGCUGCACCCUCGCAGCUCCUACUAUCGGCACUGGGUCUUGCUUGCCCUCGAUAGAGAACUGUGAUCCAAACCUACGUGGCCGAGGAAGGGGUGGUGGGCGAGGUGCAGCCCUAGAGUUGUCCAUCUUCCUCUGGCUUUCAAUUCUUAACGAGCACAGAAAUAGCUGAAAAAUUUCCGCUCUGGAUAAUUGCACAAAGAAUCAGUUUGUUCCCUACAUUCAGUCGAAAGAGCUCUCAUGGCUGUCUUCGGCAUGAGUAGUAGUAUUUGUAGUAGUGGUGGUAGUAGCAGUAGCAGGUAUUAUCGUGAAUUGAACGUUAACAGCAUUGUCGAUAUCAAGCCCACCCUUUGGACACCGGCCUCGAUCGGUGAGGCAGUGAUUGACUGGAGUCGUCGACAAGUUCAUCACAUGAACUCUGAGGAGGUGCGCGGUGAAUGCAGGGGGGGCCUGGUUUUGUAUAAGUAGAACCGUCACCGACAUGAUGCACCAUGAGUUUCUCGAGAGCAUUGUCGAGGUUUGUCUCUAGGGAUCUUCGGAAGUGCAGCGGUAGUCAAAAUCACAUUCCUUUUUUGGAUUGACUUGUUACAAUAGGGCUAUAUGCAACAACAAAGCCCACGACGCAUAUAUCUGUGAAAAGCACGCACAGAGAGUGUUUCCUCUCGGGAACAGUUGUAUAUGACCAUAAAUGUGCAUUGAAAUCGUAACAUAAUCAACUCAUAGCCUAGAUAGCUGAAGAUUUUCAUCGAUCGGUCGGUCGGUCGGUUUCGGAUCGAUUUUCAUCUAGUACUGGUGCCGGAUCGAGAUCGGUUUCGCACGUACAGUAUUGUUUGCUUGCUUAAGCUUAAAGAGCAACUCUGUAAUCAGAGUUGUCUGUCUGUAAGUCAGUGAGUCAGUUAGUGAGUGGCCUCAGAAACCGAUGACAAUGUAAACAGCUUCGUCAGUCUCUGAGUCUCUGAGUUCUCAGCUCUGCACUCUCUCUGAUCAUGGGGCCAGAGCAAUCUUGUAUGCCGCUUGUGCAUGCGCAUGCCAAUUCCUUCGCUCU